GGGUCAAGGACCUUAUUUAAAACCAACCGUGAUAAUCAGAUCGGAGUCAUCGGUCCGAUAUAUUGGAUCCGUGCUCCAUUGACGAACAUCACUCUUUCCUAACUAAGUCCAACCAUUAAGCUCCGUCACCGGAGCUUCACAUCGGGAAAAUGGCGGCCAGUACGAAGAUUCUUCAUUCUCUGAUCGUCUUCCUCAUAGCGAUUUCUACAGUCUACGGUGUUUCCGCGGAUUCGAUAAAAGGCUGCGGUGGUUUUGUCGAGAUUCAGUUUAGUUGGGACUGCUUGGUACUUUUAUCUGAGAUUCUGCAUUUCGGGGGGAUGGCGAGUUCGUCUUUGGUCAGGACUCGGAAAGGAGCCGAUGGGAAACUGGAUUAUUCGCACAUCACGGUGGAGCUUCAAACAGUAGAUGGAUUGGUGAAGGACAGUACACAGUGUGCCCCAAAUGGUUACUAUUUCAUCCCAGUGUAUGACAAGGGCUCAUUCAUUCUCAAGAUAAAUGGACCUGAAGGAUGGUCAUGGAACCCAGAUAAGGUCCCUGUUGUCGUUGACGACUCUAGUUGCAACAACAAUGAGGAUAUUAACUUCCGCUUCACUGGUUUUACAUUAUCCGGUAAAGUCCUUGGAGCUGUUGGUGGGGAGAGUUGUAUGGUUAAGAAUGGAGGUCCAGCUGAUGUCAAUGUUGAAUUAUUGUCUUCUGAUGGAGAUCCCAUUGCUUCUGUUCUCACAUCGUCAGAUGGGAGCUACUUAUUCAAGAAUAUUAUUCCAGGAAAAUACAAUAUCCGUGCUUCCCAUCCAGAGCUGCAAGUUGAAGUUCGCGGUUCAACAGAGGUGGAACUUGGAUUUGCAAAUGGCGCUGUGGAUGGCAUAUUCUCUGUCCUUGGUUAUGAUCUCAAGGGGUCUGUUGUUGCUCAGGGAAAUCCAAUCCUGGGCGUUCAUAUAUAUUUGCACUCGGAUGAUGUUUCCAUGGUGGAUUGCCCCCAAGGAUUUGGUGACGCUUCGGGAGAAAGGAAGCCUCUCUGCCAUGCUGUAUCUGAUGCGGACGGAAUAUUCAGUUUCAAGUCCAUUCCAUGUGGAAAGUACGAACUGAUACCGCAUUAUAAGGGCGAGAACACGGUCUUUGAUGUUUCACCUCCUGUGAUGCCUGUUUCUGUAGAGCAUCAACAUGUCACUGUUCCCAACAAGUUUCAGGUAACAGGAUUCUCCAUCGGGGGUCGUAUAGUUGACGGUAAUUCCAAGGGAGUGGAGGGCGUUAAAAUAUUAGUAGAUGGUAGUCUAAGAUCUGUCACGGACAAGGAAGGUUAUUACAAGCUUGACCAGGUUACAUCAAAUCGAUAUACGAUAGAUGCAGUCAAGGAGCAUUUCAAGUUCGACAAACUGAAAAAGUUCAUGGUUUUACCAAAUAUGGCUUCACUUCCAGAUAUCAGUGCUGUAUCCUAUGAUAUCUGUGGUGUGGUGCGGAUAUUUGGUUCUGGUCACAAGGCAAAGGUAGCUUUGACUCAUGGACCCACAGAUGUCAAACCGCAAAUGAAGCAUACAGAUGAGAGUGGAACGUUCUGCUUUGAGGUUACACCAGGCGAAUAUAGGCUGUCUGCUUUGGCUGCUACACCAAAGAGUGCUUCCGAGCUUCUGUUUUUGCCAGCUUAUGUGGAUGUUGCCGUCAAAAGUCCAUUAUUGAACAUAGAAUUUUCUCAGGCCCGAGUCAAUGUGCAUGGUUCUGUUACUUGCAAGGAGAAAUGUGGUCCGUCUGUCUCAGUGGCGCUUGUGGGCGUGGCUGGCGAUCGUGACAAGAAGACAGUUGUUUUAACUGAUGAGAGCAGUCAAUUUCACUUUGCAGACAUAUUGCCUGGAAAGUACAGAGUUGAGGUCAAAAGCAUAUCACCGGAAGUCGCAUCUGAGGAAGACAGUUGGUGCUGGGACCGUAGCUCCAUUAAUGUGAAUGUCGGAACUGAGGAUAUUGAAGGGAUCGAAUUUGUCCAGAAAGGUUACUGGAUUAAUAUUAUCUCCACCCAUGAGGUGGAUGCUAAAAUCGUUCAUCCUAAUGGAUCACCUACUAAUUUGAAAGUCAAGAAAGGUUUGCAGAAAAUAUGCGUUGAGUCACCUGGAGGGCAUGAGCUUCAGCUUUCUGACUCCUGCAUAUCCUUUGGGAGCAAUUCAAUAAAGAUAGAUGAAGGAAGAGUUAUCAACAGUAUCUCCGCCAAACUUGCAUCUGAUGGGCGUGGCGUUUAUGAGUACUAUACCUGGGCAAAUCUUGGAGAAAAGAUUAGCUUUGUUCCUCGGGAUUCUAGGGGUAAUGUGGAGAAAAAGAUGUUGUUUUAUCCGAAAGAGCUUCAUGCGGUAGUGUCAAAUGAUGGAUGCCAAGCUUCAGUUUCCCAAUUUACUGGUCGACUUGGUCUUUACAUACAAGGAUCGGUCUCUCCUCCUCUUCCCGGUGUUAACAUCAAGGUCUCUGCUGCAAAAGACAGCCUUAUUUCUUCACUAAAGAAAGGUGAAGUAGCUGUUGAAACAAGUACAUCACCAGAUGGUUCAUUUGUUGCUGGGCCUUUGUAUGAUGAUAUACCAUAUGACACCGAAGCUUCAAAGCCUGGCUAUCAUAUUAAAAGACUAGGACCAUACUCUUUCUCCUGCCAGAAGCUGGGUCAGAUCUCUGUGCGUGUUUCCUCAAAGGACAAUGCCGACACAUCAGUCCCUCCGCUGUUGUUAUCCUUAAGUGGCGAUCAUGGUUACAGAAAUAAUUCUAUAUCUGGCGCUGGUGGACUCUUUGUGUUUGAUAGCUUAUUCCCUGGAAAUUUCUACUUGCGUCCCCUUCUUAAGGAAUAUUCUUUCAAACCUUCAACACUGGCGAUAGAAUUGGGUUCUGGGGAGUCCAGUGAAGCUGUCUUUGAGGCUACUCGUGUUGCCUACAGUGCAAUGGGCAGAGUCGCUCUCUUAUCUGGCCAGCCACAAGAAGGCGUUCCAGUUGAAGCUCGCUCUGACUCCAAAGGAUACUAUGAGGAGACUACAAGUGAUAUUAAUGGAAAUUAUCGUCUAAGAGGGUUACAUCCAGAUACAACAUAUGUAAUCAAAGUAUCGAAAAAGAAUGGUUCAGGCAACAACAAAAUCGAACGUGCAUCUCCAGAGUCGGUUUCUCUUCAGAUUGGUUAUGAAGAUAUCAACGGGCUCGACUUUUUGGUCUUUGAACAACCAGAGACGACCAUAUUAACAUGCCACGUGGAAGGAAAACCCAACGAAGAACUGAACUCGAAUCUGCUUGUGGAGAUCAAAUCAGCCACUGAUGAAUCAAAAACAGAGAAUGUCUUUCCACUCCCACUUUCCAACUUCUUCCAAGUAAAAGGCUUAUCAAGAGGUAAACACCUUGUGCAGCUUAGAUCCAGUCGUCCUUCAAGCUCCCAUAAAGUAGUAUCAGAGAUCAUUGAAGUGGAUUUGGAGACGAAUGCCCAAACCCAUGUCGGUCCACUUCGAUACAGCAUCGUGGCAGAUCACCAGAGUCAGGAAGUAACACCUGCAGCUAUAUUGCCGCUGGUUAUUGGCGUUUCGGCAAUUGCUCUGUUCAUCAGCAUCCCGAGGCUGAAAGACAUCUACCAAGCCACGGUUGGGAUUUCGUCUGCCUCUGCCAAGAGAGAACCUCGAAAGGCUGUUGCUCGAAAGAAGACGUUCUGAAGCAUUAUUCAUUCUUCGGUUGUUUCUUUCUUCUUCUUGUUUUGUUUUCGUUUUUGUUAUAUAUAUAUAUCGGUAGAGUGAAUUAUUCAGUUCAAAACUUUCCAAACUCAGAAACUCUCUCUCUAAUCCCCACAUUUCAUAUCCUAGACUCCAGAGUAACACUCUAGUUUAGUCCCCUUUUUUUGUUCUUAUUUACCAUUUUCAUUUUUGUUACCGUGUGAUUUACGUUAGAAUCUUUUGCUCUGUUAUAUCAGUUUUGACAAUUACUUUAUAAGAUUUAUUUUUCAGUGGAUAUAACCCUGUAAUAAAAUUGGACUACGUCUGAAAGAAAAGAAAGUUACAGUUCUAAAUGAAAGGGACAGAUCCAAAACGCGGUUAACUGCGAAACCAGUCAAAAUCACAUUUCUUCCUUCUCUUUCAAGUCAAGGAUUGUUUAAAACAGUAGAGUGAAGCAAUAUGUCACACAAGAUUCGUCCAGAACACAACAUAGCAAAAUGUCACACAAGAUUCGUCCAGAACACAACAUAUAGAUCUCUUCCAACAGGGGAGUAACUAGAGUAAUAAGAUAAAGCAUCAGCGUCUGUCCCUCUCAUAAUCACUAGCCUCAGAAUCAGUAGAUGAAAAAUACUCGCUGCUAAGCUCUUUUUCACCAAUAAGCUCCUCUUUGUUCUCUUCCUCCUCUUCGUCAAUAGUCUCUUCUUCCUCCAUAGGGCCUCCUGCGACAGAUAGGUCCGACCAAAGCCAUAUUGAUCGGACAGAACCAGGUAGCGUCUUUGAUACGCGUGGCACGUUUUCAACCUGUGGGUGUGCUAAAAGAAUGUUGAAAUUUCCUCUCCUUUUCAAAAAAUCAAAAGCAUGGAGGAACUCCGGGCGUCUUGAGGUGUCAUUCAUGAUUAGCAUCAGAUUUAUUGCUUGACGAUUGCCAGCUGUCUUGUACAUAAAGUCUACCAAAAUCUUCUUGCGUCUGUCGACCUCAGUAGCUCCGUGUCUCAUCCCGAUAUUGGUUUCGCACAUGGCAUCCAUCAUCUCAAAUACAUUACAAUAAGCAGCGAUAUUGCGUGUCGUCACAUUACUGUAACGCAUAUUAUGAAGCGCCCGUGCAAUGUUCCCAACAACUUUACCAGCAUCGUCAUUGUCAGGGAACGGGCAUGCUUGGAUGUCCCAGAAGAUGAACGUCUCCGCCGCUGGGGAAGUUGGUAUACGGCCAAUCGAAAAUGGCAGGUGGUGGGGGAGUGAUAGCAUCAGAAGGACCGAAUGGUAAGGCUUUGACAGGUUCUCCUCCAGCUGAUAGGGUGUCCCAACGCCAUGCUGUAGAUACGUAAUAAUAGCUCGACCUUGGUAAGUCUUGAGGAUGUGCUACAAUACAAUUGUAAUGUUUCUUUUCAGGUAUUCAAAAGCGUUUAUGAACUGGUCAUCCGGCGCGGACAUGAUGUCUUCCAUGAUUAGCAUAAGAGUGACUGGUAGACGAUAGUCAACUGCCUCGCAGAGCAUGUGCGUUAAAAGCAUCUGACGUCUGGCUUCUUUGUCUCCUGCGAUUGCACUCUUAGCGAAAUAGACACCCAAGGGUUUGACGGAAUGAUCACCAGAACUCGACAUCUUAGGUUGGUCAGGAAAAAAACAAACAAGAAUAAUUUUAGGGUUCCAUCUCUGUGGCUGCGGAUGAGAGACUCUCCCAAAUGAAAGAUUGGUUUUUAUAGCUGCAUUGGUUUUAGUAUGAUAAAGAAAAGAAAAGUUAUAUUAAUUGUGGGUACACAGUGU